AUGGAGUCGAACCUAUACAUCGAUGGCUCGAGAGGCCAUCAUUCGCAGGAUGAGGGUUCCCAAAACCAGCACGCUGCUCCUCUUGCAUUUUCAGCCCAAAGCACUGCCGUCCGCGAGAUGAUUAUGGACGAAAAGAAGUUAAACGACGCAAAAGUCGGUUUGGGCGACAACACAGUCUUCAGCGUCUCCAGCAACGAUGAGAUACAAGGCGAAGACGGUGCAAAAACAUGCGCAGCCGAAGUCGUCGACAAAUACAAAAAGGAAUUGUCAAACCGUCAUUUGCAGAUGAUUGCCAUUGGAGGUAGUAUCGGUACUGUCGGUAUCAAUUAUGUGAUUAACUAUAUUGUCACACUACCCCUUGAGUUGACUUCAGCCUCUAUCGUCAUUAACUUCUGGCAUCCGAAUAUCAAUGUUGCUGUAUGGAUUAGUAUAUUCUUCGUUUUAGUGAUUAUCGUCAACAUCCUCGGCGUCCGCGCUUAUGGCGAAGUCGAGUUUGUUGUCGGUAUGGUCAAGGUGGUUGCUGUUAUCGGCUUCAUUAUCCUUGGUAUCGUCAUCAAUUGUGGUGGUGUCCGCUCAGAUACGCGCGGUUAUCUUGGUUUUCGUUAUUGGAAAGACCCAGGUCCAUUCAACAAUGGUUUCAAGGGUUUCUGUUCCGUGUUUCUCAGUGCCGCCUUUUCGUUCUCUGGAACUGAAAUGAUUGGUAUUGCUGCUAGUGAAGCUAAGGACCCUGCUAAGAAUGUCACUAAGGCUACGCAUCAAGUUUUCUGGAGACUCCUCAUUUUCUACGCUUUAUCAGUGUUCAUUAUUUCCAUUAUCAUCCCCAGCAACAUGCCGGAUCUUUUGAACGCCAGCGGCGCUAACUCGGCUGCUUCGCCUUUUGUUCUUGCCGUUCGUCUCGCCAACAUUCGUGUGCUCCCUGACAUCAUUAAUGCUGUCAUUUUGUUAUCUACUUUGUCGGUCGGUUCUUCCUGUACUUAUGCGACAAGUCGUGUUAUGCAAGGUUUGUCUGUAAAUGGUCACUUGCCCAGAUUUUUAAUGUACGUUGACGCCAAGGGUCGUCCCGUUUAUUGUAUGCUUGUCACUUUGUUGGCUGGUUGCAUUGCCUACGUCGGCUGCUCUUCUUCAUCCACCACUGUUUUUAACUGGUUGCUUUCGCUUGCCGGUUUGUCCUGUUUCUUCAGCUGGGGUACGAUUUGCUUCUCUCACAUUCGCUUCCGCCAGGCUUACAAGCGUCAAAAGCGCUCCUUCUAUGUUCCCUAUCGUGCUCCCCUCGGUGAGCUCGGUUCUUGGAUCGGUGUCAUCCUUAACGUUUUAUGUUUGGCUGCUCAGUUCUAUAUUGCUGUCUGGCCUAUCGGGGCAAAGCCAAGCGUGAACAAUUUCUUCCUUUCGUACCUUUCUGCCGUCAUUUUCCUUGUAUGUCUCAUUGGUUGGAAACUGUACGACCGUUCCCCUAUUGUAAAUCUCAACAAUGUUGAUCUGGACUUGGAUCGUAUUAGCUAUAGCGAACCGACCUCAACAAAUGAUGUUGAGUCUUUCCGUCCACCAGAAGAGAUAGCCCCAUCAAAAGCUUGA